AUGUUAACGCCCGUGCCCGGCAUCCAGUAUUGCGAGGAUGUCUUUACAGAUCGAUACGAACCCGUUGAAGAAACAUUUGAAGACUCGCGCCUGGCCAACAUUGCGGGCAUUCAUACACUUAUCAAUCUAGAGCGCAUCCCAUCGACGUUACUCAACUCUGCUCCCGAGUCUUGUCGCUUAGCAGCCGAAGCAGAUGCCCUCAUCUUGCUAUACGAGGGCUCAUCGCCCGAGAGUCUGGAGGAGCUUCGGCGCAUGAGGCUUCAAGUGCUGGCUCCGCACCUGGAAGAAGUGGCGCCGCCUACGGCCGUUGUCGCGGGCAAGGCGGACGGCGCGGAGGCCGCGGGGCAAGCGUGGGAGCGCGGGCUAGACGAGGGGAGCGACCUAGCAGUUUCAUUGGAUGCGAGAUUCGGGGUCGCAUCAGCUCUUUGGGGGGAUGGAGUCAAGGAUGUAGUUGAAGAGUUGGCAGCGAGGGCGUUGGAGAACAAAGGUAUCGACAAGGAGGUUCUAAUGGGAGCAGGAUCGUGA